AAUCUCUCUUUGAGCUUAUUAUUUAAUAUAAGCUCCCAUUAAGAAUAUUACUUGGUCUUUUUCUUGUCUAUAAAAACCUCUUGCAUGCAUUUUCAUAUUCUAUUGGCUCCACAGCUACUUCAUACACUUGUACUUGUGUUUUACAUAUUUUUUUCUUAAAAAGAAAGUAAGAUGUCAAGAGUUAUAGAAACGCUGACGGUGGGGAGAGUAGUAGGGGAAGUAGUGGACAUGUUCAGUCCAAGUGUGAGCAUGAAUGUUAUUUAUAACUCCAACAAGCAAGUUGCUAAUGGCCAUGAGCUUAUGCCUUCUGUUAUUUCUACUAAACCUAGAGUUGACAUUGGUGGUGACGACAUGAGGACCGCUUAUACCCUUAUCAUGACAGACCCGGAUGCUCCAAGCCCAAGUGAUCCGUACUUAAGAGAACAUCUUCACUGGAUGGUAACUAACAUUCCUGGUACAACUGAUGUUUCAUUUGGUAAAGAAAUUGUAAGCUAUGAAACUCCAAGACCGGUGGUGGGUAUUCAUCGUUAUGUAUUCGUCCUAUUUAAACAGAGAGGAAGGCAGACUGUAAAAGCACCCGUUACUCGAGACUAUUUCAACACCAGGAGGUUUUCUGAAGAGAAUGGAUUAGGUCUUCCGGUAGCUGUUGUCUACUUUAAUGCACAGAGAGAAACUGCUGCUCGAAGAAGAUGAUCACCAUCACAAUUGGCUUCUUUUUUCCUUUCUUCCAAGAAAAUAAAGAAUGUUAAUCUUCUAUACAGUCUAUCCUUUCUUCCAAGAAAAUAAAGAAUGUUAAUCUUCUAUACAGUCGAAUUUAACCAUGACCUGUCAGGAAUUCUGA